UGUCACUUUGACCAUGAACUUUCUACCCUUAUACAACAUCCUAGAUCUGAUUGGAAUUAUAAAUAGAAAACUUUACGCCACUAACGAAGACAGUGCUUCAGCUUGGCCGUGACCGUAAAACCUAAAACAAUCUGAAUAACUAUGAGCAAGAAUGGCUCAAAAUCUUACCAAACUUCAUUCCGAACUACGGAAGUUCCAGAAAGAUGAACUAAAAAAGACAGAAACUCGAAUCACAACUCCAGGUGGUCAAAUAUAUACAGAAAAUAAAGAUGCAGCUGGACGUUUGACCACAACUAUGACAAAUCAUGGGCGGUGGGGGUUUGUUGGAGAUUUAAGGGCUGACCUUCAAGUUGGAGAAAUACGGAGAGGUCUCGUUUUAGGUUCCCAAGAUGUUGCCCAGAGUCUGGAAACACUUAAUAAACAUAAUGUGACACACAUCUUGAAUGUCGCAACUGGAGUUGAAAACCUCUAUCCAGAGCAAUUCACAUACAAAUCUAUCAAGCUCUAUGACCUGCCAGACAGCAAAAUCGUUGACACCUUUGAUGAAGCUUUUGCCUUUAUAGAAGAGGGACGUAGCUCUGGUUGUGUACUGGUGCACUGCAACGCAGGCAUAUCUCGUGCUGCUUCUAUUGUUAUUGGUUACCUGAUGAAGACUGAGGGCAUGAGUUUCUCUGACAGUUUCUGGUAUGUGAAAGGAAAACGACCGGUUGUUCACCCAAACUGUGGUUUUGUUGACCAACUACGUGACUAUGAAAUAUUCUUAAGGCAAACCUAAACCUUGGUUUCAAAAUAUCAACAUUAUCAACAACAAAAUCCUCAUUGCACAUUUUACCUAUUAAAACAAGGACUUAGAAGCUGCUAUUUUCAUGAUACAUCAUAAUCUUAGUUAUCUUUCAGUCUGAUCAUCAUUCCUAACUUCAAAUCCGACCAGUAUCAGCUUUGACUUUCUCCCCUCCAGGAAUCAAAUACUAUACUAGUAAUAUACAGGAGUCAUUUGUAGAGUCAUUUGACUCUACAUACUUCCUUUUUAUAUAAACAAGCUUUCUUUAGGCAGAAAACAUAGAAAAGACUAACACUGUAUACUAAUACAGUCUUUUGUUAAUAAGGCAGUGAGCUGGCAGAAUUGUUAGUUUGCUGGGCAAAAUGCUUAGUGGCAUUUCAUCCAUCUUUACAUUCUGAGUUCAAAUUCUACUGAGGCUGCCUUUUCCUUUUAUCCUUUUUUGUGGUCAAUAAAAUAGGUAGUAGUUGAGCAUUGGGGUUGAUGUAAUUGAUUAACCCCCUUCCCCAAGCUUGCUGGCUUUGUGUCAAAAUUUGAAACUAGUAUUGUCUGUUGAUAACUAUUUUGAGUCCUGGCUGCCACUCCACUCCAGUUCAUGUAUUUGUGGAUGUCCUUACUUGACAUGACUCUUUUUGCUGGGGUAAGAUGGGUAGGACUGAACUCUAUAGGUGGAGGUGGGGAGAUAAUUUAGUUGGGACAUAAAACAAUUUAGUUUAAAAUCUAAAAAUAAAUUUAAUUCCUGAUAUAAAAUUAUGUAAAAACUGUAUCUGGAGUUAUUCUUAGAUCUUAUUAAUCAAAUAAUUAGAUAAUGGCAGCAAGCUGACAGAAUCGUUAACAAUUGUUAGCUUUUCUUUCUCUCUAUGUUCUGAGUUCAAAUUUCACUGUGGUCAGCUUUGCCUUUCAUUCUUUCUGGGUCAAUAUAAUUGACUAGCUCUCUCUCCUAAAUUCCAAAGGCCUUGUGCCUAUAGUACAAAGAAUUAAUCAGAUAUUUUCACAUCUUAUCUAUAUUUAAUUGGUAGAAAACCCUUUCUCUUAGACAUUGUGUUAGAGGUUGUUGUUGUUGUUGUUGUUGUUGUUGCUUUAGCCAUGGAUCAACUCUGAUGUAGCAGAAUUUGCCAGUGAUCUAUAAAAAAAAUAUAUUCCAGCCACAAUCUAUUCUUUUAGGCUUAUAUCUAAGAUUUUUUAAGAUGGUAGGGUGUGAUUUGAGGCAGAGUUAGCUUCUAUUUCUUGCAGCUUGAGCAACCACGUAGAAUCUUUUCUGAAUGAAUUGCCUAAUUUGCAGUUGAAGUGUGAAGUGUUUGUUGGGUUGCAUUCUUCAGCUUUAACCUUUAACCUCCUUAAUACGAACCCACCCAAAACUGCUCUUUGUUCUAUGAUAAAAUUCCUUGUUUUGAAGUGAUCGAAACAUAAACCAACAUCAAAAUUCCAUGUUAAUUCAUAUUCCAAACACCUGUUUAAUUAGCAUCAAAGCUGUUUUACUAGAUUCUUCUAUAUUUUCAAAAUAAAUUAAUUGAAACAAA